AUGGCUUGUCGUUACUUCGGCCUUAAAGCUGCGAAAGAGGGUCAGAGCCAGAAGCGAACAGCAAUCGUGACAGGCUCCAGCCGUGGCAUUGGUGAAGCCAUCGCUCGCCGCCUUGCUCACGAUGGAUAUGCCGUCACUAUCAACGACAUCGCAGCCAACAAGGCCGGCGUUGAAAAUUUGGUUGGCGAGCUGAACCAGAGCUAUGGGGACCGCACCUCGGUAGGAGUCAUUGCAGACGUUGCUUCUUCAUCAGAGGUGAAAGCGAUGGUCGAAGCAUCAGUCAAGCACCUUGGCCCCCUGACAGUUAUGAUCGCGAACGCCGGGAUUUGCGGCGUUGGGGCCGCGCUGGACACGUCCGAUGAGUUAUUCGCGCAAACGAUGAACGUCAAUCUCAACGGCGUUUGGAACUGCUAUACGCACGCUGCCCGGCAGAUGAUUGCACAGGGACCGGUUGCCACAGGCAGUACUGGAUAUAAGAUCUUGGGUGCGUCAUCAAUUGCCGCCUACAAGCCGUUUCCGUUGCUAGCACCGUAUUGUGCGUCGAAAUGGGCUGUGAAAGGUAUGACGCAGGUUUUUGCGGUCGAGAUGGCCCAGCAUGGUAUCAAUGUUAACUGCUACGCCCCUGGGAUCGUGGGGACGGCGAUGUGGGAGAAACUGGAUGAGACGUUGGGCAAGAUGCAGGGACGGCCCAAAGGGGAGACGGUCAGAAAAUACGUCCAUGAGUUGACAGCAAUGGGGAGAGUGAGCGUGCCGGAAGAUGUUUCAAAAGUUGUUGGCUUCCUUUGUGGACCGGACUCGGAAUUCGUGACGGGGCAGAAUAUUGUCGUGGAUGGUGGGAUCGUAUUCUCCUAACAUGUAUCUUACAUAUUGCUGCGAGAGCUGGACUCAGCUUAAUGC